AUGAUUGAACCCUUCCAGACGACCUUCUCGGUCCCAAUGACCUGCGAAAGUUGCGUCAAAGACAUCUCCACCUCGCUAUACAAACUUGAUGGUACGAUCCACCCCUCUCCGAUGCGCCACCUGCUUUUAGUGCAAACAAUCUCACCGCACCGGUAUACUUUAGGCAUCCAGAAAGUCGAAGCGAAUCUCAAGGAUCAACUUGUCUUCAUUGAAGGGACCGCGCCCCCAAGUUCCAUCGUCUCCGUGAUUGAGAACACAGGUCGCGAUGCGAUCUUGCGGGGCAGUGGCACAACGGACAGCUCGGCUGUCUGCAUCCUCGAAACCCACUCCAACACCGUCUCCAAUAAGAUCCGCGGUCUGGCUCGCAUGGUCCAGGUUUCUUCAAACGUGACCUUGGUCGACCUAACUAUCAACGGUAUUGCACCAGGCAAAUACUGGGCUACUGUUCGGGAAGCCGGUGAUAUCUCUCAGGGAGCUGCUUCCACGGGCGGAAUCUGGGAUUCUUUGAAGGCGAAGGUGCUCGGCUCAGAGGCAAAGGAGUCUCGGGGUAUCUUUGGAUCAGUGGACGUUGAUUCAAAGGGGCGUGGAAGUAUUUUCUUAGACCGACCGGUAGCUAUCUGGGAAUUGAUUGGGCGUAGUAUGGUUGUGUCUUCGAGUAAGGAGGGGCCAUUCCGAAGGGAGGAUGAGAACACAUUGGUUGGUGUUAUCGCACGCAGUGCGGGUGUUUGGGAUAAUGACAAGAUGGUUUGCUCGUGCUCUGGGAAGAAUGUAUGGCAAGAGAGACAGGAGCAGGUUGGUCAGGGUAUGGCAUAA